AUGUCGGGAAAACAACCAGGCCUACCUGCACAUAACCUGGAACUUUCAUCCAAGCCAAGUAGGAUAACAGACCUACGUAGAAAAUGGACGGAGACUGUCGACACCACAUUCGCAGACAGGAUAUGUCUGCUUCUCUGCCUGAAUACCGGGCUAUGCGAUAGCUGUGCAUUCAACGCAUGGUCCUGUUUCCUCGCUAUGCAAACAGGAAACACUAUCGUUCUCGGCCUAGGAGCUUCUUCACAACCACUUGGAGCACCAAACGGAUGGGUUCGAUCCCUCGUCUCCAUCGCAGGGUUCCUUCUUGGUGCAAUCACCUUCGCCAGAUGGACAAAGGCAUUCGGAGCCUGUCGUCGUGGUACACUGUUCAUCUCAUUUGCCUUCCAGGCCCUUUUGAUUGUCAUCGCCGCCAUCCUCCUCCAGACGGACGUGGUACAAACCCAGAAUGGACGAUCAUUUACCUUAGAUCGGCCCCUCCUCAGCCUGAUCCCUAUUGCGUUGCUAGCGUUUCAAUCUGCCGGAUCCAUUAACUCCACUCGCAUGUUGGGAUUUAAUGAGAUUCCCGGCGUGGUUCUGACCAGUGUCUACUACGACAUCGCCUCUGACCCUGCUCUAUUCGAGGGAUUGAAGCGGAAUACCAAGCGUAAUCGACGGAUGGGCGGUGUUGUGAUGUUGCUUAUUGGGGCGAUCGUGGGAGGAUGGCUGAGCCGCACGAAAGGAGGCAUGGCACUUGUAUUAUGGAUUGCGGCGGCGUUGAAAUUCGGAGUGGGUGUUGGGUGGUUGUUUUGGACACCUGCGUGA